AUGAAUAUUGAGACAUACACAAGAAGAACUAGUUGUUCAAUAUGUUCGCGUCUUUCGUUGAACAAAGAAAAUGCAAAUCAAAAUCUUUGUGAGACAUAUUUACUUCGAUUUUUAAUUGAAUUACAAGAAAAACUUGAUAAUCAAAAUAGAAUAAAUGAACAUUUUUCUAAUUCAAUUUUUGAUGAUGAAGAUAAUAUUAAUCAAACAUCAUGUAAUGGUUUAACAUUGAUGCAUGUUAAUGUUCUUGGUGCUCGAGGUGAUUCAUCUGUAAAUGAAUCUGAAGAAGAAAAUAAUAUGUUCGUUCCACCAUAUGAAGAAUCAAUAGCAUUGCAUAUUUGUGAAAUUCUUUUGAAACGUGGUGCUUCACCGAAUGGAAAUGCUAUUUAUGAAAUGCGCCCAUUACAUAUUACUAUUCGAAGACAAUGGAUACAAAUUAGUAGACUUCUGCUGGAAGCAGGUACUUUAAAUAUAUACAACAAAUAA